AUGUGCAAUGCUUUGAGACCAGAAUACCCAAGAUACCCUUACACUUAUUAUUAUCCCUUUUUUUUUAUGUUGCAGCCAACGGUUUUCACAUCACUGCCUACUUUAUGAAGAGAUGGGUUAAUCUCCGUUGUGCUGCAGGGAAACAUUAUCAUGAGCUACGUGUGUUUCCAGACAGAUUUAUAGUUUGUGUCAGUAAACUUGAAUGUGAUCCAAGUGCUUGGACAUGUGAAAAUGAUGUAUUGAAAGAAGAACUUUCCAAUGGGACGUCUGAAUAUUUUACUGAAUCUGCUGAGAACAAGAAGCUUAAGAUUAGUCCAAAUGAACAAAUAAAGCAAGACAUCUUGAAAGAAAUUGUGAAAAGGACAAAAACAAGGAAAAGGAACAUGAUCAAACCUCAAGUUAAAAAGGACUCCAAGAGAGAGUGUUUUGGCUCAGUGGACUCACAGACAGAGAACAGAAAGAAUGAGUGUCAAACUCUCAGUCCUCCAUCUGAAGUGAAAUGUAGGAGUACAGGACUGCUAAAGGACUGCAGAAAUACAGCUGAGAGCAACUUGGAGCUUCCUGUUUUGGAGCUGGAAAAUUAUGUUAAUCAUGGACAGGCAGAUGAUGUUAGCAGCCAGCAAAAACCUCACUCUCUGGAGUGGUUGAAGUCAAGUCUUCUAAGUGAGAACCUUCCUUGUUGCUCCGAGUCAGCACUGAUAGGUCCAAAACAGAAUCAAAAAGUGACCAAAACACAGACUCACCAGAGGAGCUGUGGUUCAGGAGAAAAGUUAGAGCAUUUCAAAAAAGUAUCCUCUGAAGGGUCUCCUUUAAUUCCUGGCAAUACAAAAAUGAAUAAGUGUGAUGAUGAUUGUUUAGGUCCAUUCUUGGAGGAGAAGACCCUGCUUAAUUCCAGGUUGUUUUCUAAACAAGACAUAACAAAGAGUACAUCUGAUGAGGAGUCCCUGACUUUAAGAAAAAACCUCUCCCAGCCUCUUUCUGUGAGGAACAAUAUCGUGCAGACAAGGCAAAAUGAGCCAAGCGCAACCGCUGAAGAAUUGCCUGCGAUGCCGUCAUCUUGUUUAGAACUGCAGCCUGUGUCUUCAGAGAGGCUUACCCAAAAAAGAAAAAAAGAAGUUGAAAAUGGUCUCAAGAAGUUAAAACUGCGAAAGCUUAAGAAAUCAUAA